AUGAUUGAAACACUACCAAAUACAGUGAUUAAAUUAAUCAUUGAAGAGAUUGAUGGAAACACUGACAAGAUAUGUUUUCUAUUGACUUGCAAGAAACUAUUUCAUAUGAUUGACAAUCAUGGUGGUGUACGGUUCUCAUUAUAUGACAUUGCAUCGGAUGAUGCUUUGUACGAGUAUACUGUACUCAAAUAUGGUCCUUUUAAACUAAACACUUUCAAGAAACCAAUUGAAGAGUCUACUAGUCACCUAUUGAUGUUUGACCGUAAUCUAUCGUUGGCAGAUCAAAUGACACCAACCACCACUCAUUUACUGUUUCCCAACAAACUAACGGAUUGUUCAAACAUCAAACAAGCCGCAGUCGACAAAGAUAUUCAAUUGGUUCAUGUCACCCUUGGUUCUGGAUCUAAAGACAAUCAUCGUAGUAUUGACAUGCUUCCCGAUCGAUUAGACUCUCUCAAUGUUGCUUUCUCAAAGCCAUUAGAGAGUCAUCAAUCACUACCACACCUCAAUAGAUUGAUUAUUGGUACAACAAAUAGAUUCCCAUUUCAUCAAGGACUAUUUAAAUACGGGUUAAAAGAAUUGAUUAUCGAAAGGUACUCUGACUUUAACAAAUCGUUUCAACCGGGCUUCUUGCCAAACACUUUAACCAAGUUGGUACUACCUGCAUCAUUUGAUCACGAUAUUGGUGUUCUUCCUCCACAUCUCAAGUAUCUCAAGUUAAAUGAACAGUUUUCUCAAACUAUUACAAAAGGUACCCUGCCAGAUAGUCUAGAGACUCUACUCAUGCCAAGUGGACGUUGGGGUCACGAAGCUCUACCAGAAUCACUUUGCUAUCUAUCUGCGUCAAUUACAGAUUACUCUCAACUAGAUUCACUUCCCAAGGGACUAGAGAAGGUUAAACUCGAUAUUCAAUGUCCUCUACCACUUCCACUCGUGUCACCACUGACCAAUGUUCCCAUCCAAUACCUCACCAUCAAAUCAAUCGACGAUGAUUUUAAACCAGAAUAUCUAAACAAGAAUGUUAAACGACUUGGAGUAAACAAGAUUAGAUUAUCAUCAAGAGAUUUGACCAAAGUAUUACCAGACACUUUGGAACAAUUAUUAUUCUUGUCUUUGAAAAUCAAUCUUGGUGAUGAUGUUACAGCCAAAACAAUUCUACCCAAAUCAAUCAAAAGACUACAAAUUACAAGAGAAGAGUUUGAAAAGUUAGAUCCAGAACAAGCCAAACAACUAGAGUAUGUUUCCUUUUUAGAUUCGCCAGAAACAAUGUUUCAUCACUGUUCAGUUCCACUACCACCAACCGUUGAAUGUGGUCUUAUGAUUAAUGGUCAUAAACAAUUGGAUAUGGAAUACUUUAGAACAGUCCGACAUUUAAAAGUACACUUUAGAGUAUUAAAACCAAUUCUAAAGUUUCAUUUUGAUGUUAGAGAUUUGGGUCACAGUAUCCUAUUGAUGACAAGGUCAACUCUUAGAGGUGGAUUAUUAUCAAUCGAUCGAAAAGAUAUUGAAAUAUCUAAACUCAUUUAUUUUGAAUUUAUUAAAAAAGUAAUUCAUAAUCAAUAUCAAGAAUUUAAUAAAUAA